GCAGUCGUUUUGGUAGUAGCAGCCGUCUGCAGUCAGAAGUUAUGGUACGUGGUAGUUUACAAACUUUUUUUCUCCUUAUACAAAAAACAAUAACAUAUACCUGUCAGCUACCCAACAGAUAUCAUUCAGAGACCGAUGAUGCCUCCGCGAAAGCAGGAUUUCGGAAUUAAAAGCUCAGGAUGGGCCAGGAGCGGGUCCGUGAUAAACUUCAGACAAACAGUGAACUCGGGCUCUUUGCGCAGAUCUGCUGUCUUGCCAUCCGUGCUGACGUUUGCUGUCAUCGUGGCGUCUGGGGGCCUUCUGCUCAUGAUAGAGAAAGGAAUGCUGAAUAGUAUUGAGACACCUCCAGUUCGGGGAAACAGCAAGAGGUCAGACUACCUCAGACAAGCCCGACAUCUUGAUCCAGCUGUGGACGCAGAAUCCCAGGUCAACGGAAGACUUUUAAAACCACUAAGAUUUCCAGCAGGACUAGCCCACUGGAGGGGGGAGUUAGAAUAGAUACGUACGGCGAGACACCCGAAGGGUACUUCCGUUACUACUAUGUUUUUGUAUCGUUAUAUAAAUAUUUUGGAUAUGCUUGGUUGGUCAUUUUUUAACAUUCUUCAUGUCGUCUUAAUCAACAAACUACAUCAUACCUAAAAACACUCAUUCUAAACGUAAAAAUGUUAGCAGAACAGACCGUCACAUGGAAUGCACAUCACGAUUAUCACCCAAAGAGACGAUUCCAACGGACUUUCUUAACUAGCUAACCUUGCUUUUAAAAUGCCGAAAAGCUGUGGCGUACCGUUUUGUUUGAAAAAUAGGAGAAAAAGACCACCAAAUGAAGUUUCAUCAACUGCCCAAGUACCAAGUUAGACGAACCUCAUGGUUUCAGGCUAUUACGCCGCGAUGCACUUCAACACCGGUAGUCGCUAACACUUGUUUGUAUCUAACUAGCAAUGUGUAUUGCAUAAAUCUAGCUAUUUAGCUUGUAUUAAGGACUAAUGAGCUAUAUCCAUCCAAAUAACAGCUAUAAUAUUCUUCUGCAUUUGGAUAUUUAUGCAAUCCUGGAGAUUCCACCAAGUAGGUGUAUAUAAUUAGCUAUCGCCAUAGGAGGCUACUUUGGCCCAUUUGGUAGGGUUUUCUCCGCAGCUGGUCUCCGGCAAGUUGAAAGGACAUAUUAUAGGCAAGCCAAAAAUAAACAACUUUUCUAAAUAGCCCUUGACCGUUCAAGAGCAUGACAAAGACUGGAAGUAGUUACGCGACAUAUCUAAGAAUAGCUAGUUAGAUCUAGAUUAACUUCCCUCGCUAGCCAGUCAGCUAACCGGAAAGAAAGCUAAGCGUAAACAAACAGUGACGUAAGUAUGAUGCGACAGCUUUACUGUCAAUGUCAGCAGGUCGAGUAACAAAUUAGUGGCAGAAUAAGUAUCAUGAAAAUAAUUUGUUGUUUGGAAGUGAUGCAGACAAUUACAUUGAUGGAAGUUACAAUCUAUCUGCAAUAUUAAAGCUGAUAUACCCCCUAAAAUAUAUAUAUAUAUAUAUAUACAUUUGUUGUUGUGACAUUCAAGUAUGUUAACGACACGUGAGGCUCCUGAAAACAUUUAUUGAAAGGAGAAAAAAGUUUCAGUUUGCUUAGGAUGCUAACUUAGGAUGCCGCCACAAGUUAGGCUAAUUACAUGAGAGUAACUGCUGUACCCUACUCGGGGGCAUGGUCACGUUAAGCCACGCCUUGCUGUGUAUCUAUAGUAGAAUACAAAGGUGCAAUUUCUUAAUUUGGUUGUGCAUCAGCAGUUUCUCUUGUUAUGUCUGUCACUCAAUUAGCCCAUGUCGGCAAACACAUUUUUAGAUUGGUAAAUUGGUCUAGCCAGCUAUCUAAACUUGUAGUAAUCAUGGUCAAAUUACCUCCCCCCAUUGAUUUUGUUAGUCACUCUCACUCAGAUAUCAUAUUCAAAAUGGCAAACAUUUCUCUCCACCCUAUGGCAAAAUAAGUAGAAUUGCAGGAAAUUACCUGUAAAAUCGCAAAAUUUUCUGUACACUAUGGCAAAAUGCGUAGAAUUGCAGCAAACUUCGCUUUAAACCUGCAACAUUUUCUCUUCGCCCCAUGGCAAGAUGUGUAGAAUUGGGCUAUUGCGGGCUGACUGCAUGUGUGGGUAUGGAUGUGGGUACGCAGACCCGUGAGUCACUGCGGCCUCUCGUGAGUUCAGAUUUUUUGUGGGUCCCACCCCAUCAAAGUUGCCCAUCCCUGGGCUAUAUCAUAGAAAUUAAGUGCUAUUUGCAUGUGAAAAUGUCAUGAUUACAUUGUUUACAUUUUGUUAGUUGUCCACUCUUUGAUGGAAUGCAUAUCGUAACAUGUUGUGUAGGUAUUAUAUUGACGUGAGUGAUAUUGUAUUAUGCAUGCAUUAUUAUUUUGUGUAACUCUUACAUAAUAAUAGUUAUAUGUCUAAUUUUUUACAUCUCCCCAAUCAGAUUCUCCAGGAGAUCCGUAACCGCACCAUCCAGACCAUAUGUGGUCAGAAGAACAUGCCCCACAAUGUGUGGUCCCUGAGCCCCCUGCAGAGGAAAACCCUGCUGCAGCACAUCCUGGUAAACGACAAGCACCGCUUCCUCUACUGCUAUGUCCCCAAGGUGGCCUGCUCCAACUGGAAGAGGGUCCUGAAGGUCCUGAGUGGGGCUCUGGAGAAUGUGGAUGUCAGCAUCAAGAUGGACCACAAGAGUGACCUGCUUUUCCUGUCCUCCCUGAAGCCGGAGGAGAUCCGAUACAGGCUGAAACACUACUUCAAGUUCAUGUUUGUGCGGGAGCCCAUGGAGCGCCUGCUCUCUGCCUACAGGAACAAGUUUGGGGAGAUCAAGGCCUACCAAGAGAAGUACGGUGCUGAGAUCAUCAGGCGCUACAGAAAGGGCCAUGCCAAGGAUACAGCAGUGGCCGGGGAUGACGUGACGUUUUCAGAGUUUGUGCGCUAUCUGCUGGACGAGGAUGUGGAGCGCAUGAACGAGCACUGGAUGCCCAUCUACAACCUGUGCCAGCCAUGUGCCGUGUCCUAUGACUUCAUUGGCUCCUAUGAGCAUCUGGAGAGUGAUGCCGACUAUGCGCUACAGCGUAUUGGUGCACCUCUACACGUCCACUUCCCUGAGAGACAGACGUGGUACAAGCCUGUCACCACGGAGACGCUGCACUAUUACCUGUGCAGUCUGCCACAGAAGCUACUCAGGGAACUCCUGCCCAAGUACAUUCUAGACUUUUCCCUGUUUACUUACCCCCUCCCCAACACAACCACUGAAUACUGCAGACAUUAACUGCAAUAUUGUAUUGUAUAACUGGAAAAUAUUUUUAUACAGUAUCUUGUUACACAUUUGCAAUGUCUUUUUAUUCCUAGGGAACAAGCAGUAUUAUGAUAUGUUACUUCUUACAUUAGUUACAGAAUUGGGAAAUAGUUGGAAUACAUUUGACAUUUUAGUCAUUUA